AUGGUUGAGUUGUCAGAUUACCAACGUCAAGAAAAGGUUGGAGAAGGUACCUAUGGUGUCGUUUACAAAGCCCUUGAUACAAAGCACAACAACAGAGUCGUAGCUCUUAAAAAAAUCAGGCUUGAAUCUGAAGAUGAAGGAGUACCAUCUACUGCUAUCAGAGAGAUCUCCCUCUUGAAAGAAAUGAAAAAUGACAACAUUGUUCGUCUUUACGAUAUAAUUCAUUCUGAUUCCCAUAAAUUAUACUUGGUGUUUGAAUUUUUAGAUUUAGAUUUAAAGAAAUAUAUGGAGUCAAUCCCACCACAAUCAAAUACCGGGUUGGAACCACAAAUGGUUAAGAGGUUCAUGAACCAGUUAAUCCGUGGUAUUAAGCACUGUCAUGCUCAUCGUGUUUUACAUCGAGAUUUAAAACCGCAGAAUUUAUUAAUUGAUAAGGAAGGGAAUUUGAAAUUAGCUGAUUUCGGAUUAGCUAGGGCCUUUGGGGUUCCAUUGAGAGCAUAUACUCAUGAAGUUGUAACACUAUGGUAUAGAGCGCCAGAAAUUUUACUUGGAGGGAAACAAUAUUCAACUGGGGUAGACAUGUGGUCAGUGGGCUGUAUAUUUGCUGAAAUGUGUAAUAGAAAACCUUUGUUUCCCGGAGAUUCAGAAAUUGAUGAAAUAUUCCGUAUUUUUAGAAUCUUGGGUACUCCAAAUGAAACUGUUUGGUCUGAUGUUAAUUAUUUACCCGAUUUUAAACCUGGGUUUCCUCAGUGGAAGAAACGCGACUUGAAGGAGUUUGUACCUAGUUUGGAUGCUAAUGGUAUUGACUUAUUGGAACAAAUGUUGAUUUACGAUCCAAGCAAGAGAAUAAGUGCUAAACGUGCAUUGGUUCAUCCGUAUUUCCGUGAUGAUAGUGAUGACGGGGAAAAUCAUGACAUCUUUGGACAAAAUGGGUUAGCUCAGGGUGGCACAAAUUUCAGUAUUGAAAAGAGAUUAGACGAGGGUGUAGUUGGAGAGGAUGUGAAUUUUUCACGAUCCAUAAACAUGGGUUAG